AUGACUGAGCCGAAUCACAUGUGUAUUGCGACAACGAUGUGUCCUAAAUGUCGAGAGUUAUUAUGUGAAGAAUCAAUCACUUACAUAGAAGAAAUUAAAUUGAAAAGAAGAGGAUCUACUAUGAUUCAUACUACUGACUUUAGUAAUUCAGAUAAACUUCCACCAUUAAGUGCUAAAAUUGGUAAUAUACCAAAAGUUUCAUCUGCUAUUUCACCAUUAUUAUCACCAGGAAGAAGUUUAUCAUUAAGUUCUAAUGAUUCAUCAUUAGCGGCAAGUGAAGAUUCAUUUGUAUUAGAAUAUAAAAGUUCUGAAAAGAAAACAAAUUCAUCAGUUCCAAGUUCAAGUUAUGGAGAAAGUGUUGAAAGUCAAAAUUCAACAGGGAAAAGUUCAUGGGUUGAAAGUGAAAAAGAUUAUAAUCCUCAUAAUAACGCAAAUAUGUUUGAUUUACCAACAACAGAUGAAUAUAUUACUUUUACUAAAGAAAGUGGUAGUAAUGCAAAAAUAAUUCAAUAUGCAACAUUAGAAAAAUGUCUUCAAUUUAUUACUUCAAAAAAUUGUGAAGAUAGUUAUUUUACACAAUGUUUUGUUUAUUCAUUUAAAUUAAUAACUACAACUACAAAAUUAUUACAAUUAUUAAUUAUUUUAUUUAGUCCAAAUAAACCAAGUGAUAUGUUAUGGAAUGAUUUUAUUCAAAAUAUUAUUAUUCCAACACGUACACGUAUAUUAGCAUUAGUAAAAAUGUUAAUUCAAGUUUUUCCAAAAUGA